CGAACCGAAAUCCGUCGUCUCCUUCGGCUCCUCCCCCAGUCUCCACUCCCCGUUUACUCCCUCCCCAAAUCGUAAACCCUAGCCCGGAUUGGAUGCCAUGGGCGCCAGUCGGAAGCUGCAGGGCGAGAUCGACCGCGUCCUCAAGAAGGUCCAGGAGGGCGUCGACGUCUUCGACAGCAUCUGGAACAAGGUCUACGACACCGAGAAUGCCAACCAGAAGGAGAAGUUCGAGGCCGACCUCAAGAAGGAGAUCAAGAAGCUGCAGCGCUACCGGGACCAGAUCAAGACCUGGAUCCAGUCAAGCGAGAUCAAGGACAAGAAGGUUAGUGCCUCUUAUGAGCAGGCUCUUAUGGAUGCCCGCAAGCAGAUUGAACGCGAAAUGGAACGGUUUAAGGUCUGUGAGAAAGAAACUAAAACCAAGGCCUUCUCGAAGGAAGGAUUAGGUCAACAACCGAAAACUGAUCCUAGAGAGAAGGCUAAAUCUGAAACUAGAGAUUGGCUUAACAGUGUGGUUAGUGAUUUGGAAAAUCAGAUUGAUAAUUUUGAAGCAGAGCUUGAAGGACUUUCAUUUAAGAAAGGAAAGCAAAGACCUCCUCGAUUGGUACAUCUAGAGAAAUCUAUUACGCGGCAUAAGGCUCAUAUAAAGAAAUUGGAGUCAAUCUUGAGACUCUUGGAUAAUGAUGAGUUGAGUCCUGAACAAGUCAAUGAUGUGAAAGAUUUCCUGGAAGACUAUGUUGAGCGUAACCAGGAAGAUUUUGAUGAAUUUAGUGAUGUUGAGGAUCUUUAUAGCACAUUACCUAUGGAGAAGGUUGAAGCACUUGAAGACAUGGUUUCACUUGCUCCUUCCAUUCUUAUUAAGGGUGUUUCUGCUGUUUCUACGACUGCAGUUUCAAGUACAAAGAGUCCGACAGCAACUUCACCUACUCAGGCUACUGUCCCAACAACCUCACAAGGUACAUCACAAGAUCAAGCAGAGGAAACAGCUUCACUAGAAAGUAAUCCUGAUUCAGUGCCACAAACACCACCCCCAAAAGGUGUAAAUCUGGGACCUUCAGUGCCGGUUGUGCCGACUGCCAUUAGUACCACUGUUGCAGCUGUUUCAGUUUUGGCAGAUACCAUUAGUUCACCAGGCGCAGUACGACCAUCUAUUCCUACUACAGUACCCGCAAUAUUUUCUUCUGCUACUGUUCGAAUUGCUCCAGAGAGCAUGCCCACUGUUCCUUCUGCUCCUGCAAACUCAUCUAGUGCCUUGAAGGAUGAUGAUGGCAUGAACUUUCCUCCACGCAGACCGUCUCCUGCAAUAACUGAAAUCGGUCUUGGCAGGGGUAUUACUCGUGGGUUAACUGGUCAAGCACUAGGCGCUCCUCCCAUAAGUGCAGGUCCAGUUCCAGGAAAUGGAUCGAUCAGUGCACUUCCUGCAAUAAAUGACUUGUCCAAAAGAAACAUAUUGAAUACGGAUGAGAGAGUUAACAGCGGUGGUCUUUCUCAGCAGUUAGCUUCACCUCUUGCUAACAAGGUUCAACUGCAACCAGUCCUGAGGACCAAUGAUGCAAUUAGCUCUGAUUCUAAUAACACAAGUGAAAGUACCAUUCUUGGAGGAAGAGUCUUUUCCCCGCCAGUUGUUUCUGGUGUUCAGUGGAGGCCUCAAGCUCCUGCUGGUUUUACAAAUCAAAGUGAAUCUGCUCAAUUUCGUGGAAGACCUGACGUUGCUGACCAUAGGGAGAAAUAUUUUCCAAGAUUGCAGCAACCACAGCCGCAAGGCAACGCUGUUAAUGCUUCUAAUGCAUCAGGCACAAAUCAGAAGCAGUUUUCCACCCAGCAGCCAAAUUCCCUCUUACAACAGUUCAAUUCUCAGAAUUCCUCAAUAUCCUCUCAAGUGGGCAUUGGGAUGGGGGUUCAGGGCCCAGAUGCUGGGCAUACAAAAAGUGAAGAACAACCAGGUUUGGCUGAAGAUGGUAGCGUAGAGGCUGCUGCAACAACUGGAGCAAAUAAAAAUACCAAUGAAGAUGACACGAAGACUCCAUAUUCGAAUCCCUCAGCAUCUAUAGCAGAAGGUACCCAGUUAUCUAGAGACUCUGAUCUAUCACCUGGGCAGCCUUUGCAACCUGGCAUGCCAUCAUCUGGUGUCGGUGUUAUUGGCCGGAGGAGUGUAUCUGAUUUCGGUGCAGUUGGAGACAAUCUUAGUGGGACUUCUGCAACUGCUGGUCAUGAUCACCUUUAUAAUUUGCAAAUGCUCGAAGCUGCAUACCACAGGCUUCCACAACCUAAGGACUCCGAGCGUGCAAGAAAUUAUACUCCGAAGCAUCCUUCACCGACCCCAGCUAGUUUCCCACAAGUUCAGGCACCAAUUGUGACAAACCCUGCAUUUUGGGAAAGACUUGGUACUGAUACAUUAUCUACAGACAUGUUAUUCUUUGCAUUCUACUACCAACAGAAUUCAUACCAACAAUAUCUGGCUGCGAAAGAACUAAAAAAACAGUCAUGGAGAUUUCAUAGGAAGUACAAUACUUGGUUCCAACGGCAUGUGGAGCCACAAGUUACAACAGAUGAGUAUGAGCGGGGAUCUUAUGUGUACUUUGAUUUCCAUCUGGCGGAUGAUGGCAACGGAUGGGUCCAAAGAAUCAAGAAUGACUUCACGUUUGAAUACAACUACCUUGAGGAUGAACUGUCAGUACAACCAAACUAGGGUUCCAUGACAGUAGGGCUAAUCAGAGCAUUUUGAUCAGUGCGACUCAUUGUAAUUUUCAGAAUGGAACUGUUGGAAUCUGGAACUGGUCUUACAAAUUCCCCCAGUUGUAAGUUGUAACCUUGUGGGUGAAUUUGGAGAUGUUCUGUGCAUUCCUCUCCUUAGUCCCUGUACACAGUGUCCGAGCAUUUUAUGCUGAAAUUAGAUCCGGAAUUCCUAGAAACUGGGAACUAGGUGUGUUCCCUAAAUUCAAUACUUUCAAAUAAAGGACUUGAUGCAAAA